UAGAGCCUAUAGUAAAACCUUGAGAUCUUCUUCCUCUGAAUAUCUCUCAUCUCGAAAUUCAACCCUUUUUAAGCCGAGGAAAAAAAAAAAAAAAACCUAAACAGUGGAAAGAAAGAAGGAAAGUUAGUGAUGGAGAAGUACCAGCGCCAGCAGAUCUGGAUAGUCUUAGGUAUCUUGGUAUUGCUCGCCGUAUCAGCCUUAGCGGACGACGUCGUUGUGAUUACGGAAGAUAGCUUCGAGAAGGUGGUCGGUCAAGACAGAGGCGCUCUCGUCGAAUUCUAUGCUCCUUGGUGUGGACAUUGUCAGAAGCUUGCUCCUGAGUAUGAGAAACUUGGAACAAGCUUUAAGAAGGAAAAGUCCAUUUUAAUUGGAAAGGUGGACUGUGAUGAGCAUAAGAGCUUAUGCAGUAAAUAUGGGGUUUCUGGAUACCCAACAAUUCAAUGGUUCGCUAAAGGAUCUCUGGAACCCAAAAAGUAUGAAGGGCCGCGAACUGCAGAAUCCCUGGCUGAGUUUGUGAAUAGUGAAGGAGGGACCAAUGUAAAGAUUGCUGCAGUGCCAUCCAAUGUAGUGGUGCUGACAACUGAUAAUUUUGAUGAGGUUGUCUUGGAUGAAACCAAAGAUGUUCUGGUUGAGUUUUAUGCACCAUGGUGUGGCCAUUGCAAAAAUCUUGCUCCUACGUAUGAAAAGGUAGCUACAGCAUUUAAAUCAGAGGAAGAUGUAGUGAUUACCAAUCUAGAUGCUGACAAAUAUAGGGAUCUAGCUGAAAAGUUUGGAGUAAGUGGAUUCCCAACGCUUAAAUUCUUUCCAAAAGGCAACAAAGCCGGGGAAGAAUAUGAGGGUGGUAGAGACUUGGAAGACUUUGUCAAUUUCAUUAAUGAAAAGUGUGGAACCAGUCGUGAUGGAAAAGGACAGCUUACCUCAAAAGCUGGUAUAGUUGAAUCUUUGGAUACCUUGGUGAAAGAGUUUGUAGCUGCUGGUGAUGAUGAAAAGAAAGCAGUGGUUUCUCGGAUGGAAGAAGAAGUUGAGAAACUUAAGGGUUUCUCUACAAGGUAUGGAAAGAUUUACCUGAAAGCUGCUAAGAAUUGCAUGGCCAAGGGUUCUGAUUAUGCCAAUAAUGAAAUUGAGCGGCUGCAGCGCAUUCUUGACAAGUCAAUCAGCGCAGCAAAGGCAGAUGAAUUCACCCUUAAGAAGAAUAUCCUCUCAACAUUUGCUUGAUCUUGUGGAUCAUUUUAUUUCGCUCAUCAAUAUUUUUGGGGUUGACCAUCAUCUAGUUUUUCUGGUUACUGGUUCCUUGCACCAAAAAAAAAAAAAAAAAAAUCUGCCCCCAUCUAAUGUUAAAUUCAUAGAGCAAGGUUACUUCUUACACAUGCGGUAGCACAAUACCAUUUUGAGAACCUCUGGCUAGUGCAAUUAUUUUAUAUAAUUCCUUUAUAUCUGUACUUUUAUUUACAAUGAGAGGAGAUUCAAUUUCUGAGAUGAACUUUAGACAAGCUAGUCAUACCAAUUAAAUGUGCCCAUUAUAGACUCAUAA